AUUGAGAUAAAAAUAAAAAAUAGAGAGAGAGCGAGCAGCAGCGAAGGAUUACAAGUGUAGGGAUUAAUGGCGCGAAGUUCAACGAAGCUUCUUCAAUCUUGAACUAUUGCACACACACACGCACUCAGCUGUGGCGCCUCGGAACUGUCGGCCCCUCCAUUUCCAUCUCCUUUUUUUUGCUUUUUCCUCUGCUGCGGUUUCCAUUUCUUUUUUAAUACGCAUGUAUGCGCAGAUCGUUGUGCAUAGAUAUUGAGAUACACAGAUUGUUCGGAAUUCGCGCUUCUUCGCUCCGGAUUCUUCACUGAUUUGCUGAGGAAUUCAGGCCCACACCUCGAAUCUCAUCCUCAUUUUUGCGUUCGUUCGCGUUGGUGCGCAUCGGCUUCGGGCUCAGCAGAUCAAUUGUAUGCGCGAUUUUCUGGAUUUGUUUUUGGAGUUUCCGUUUACAAUUCUGCAUGUUAUUGGAUAUUUGAAUGGCUACAAGUGUAGCUUCCGGGAGCGGUCAGCUACAUUUUCAAGAGGCCUUUUUCAGGGGACAUGGCAGCAGACGGGCUUAUUCUGUUCGCAAUUUAGCCGUGCCGUUGUGCAUGCAGAAGGAGCUUUCUUGCGAGAAGAUAAUACGAAAUUGGGUCUUUUAUCUUAUCUGCAUCUGGUAAUGUAUGAUGCAUACCUCAGGUGUCGUGGGGUGUCUAAAGGCUUGCGGAUUAACAAAAUCAAUUAUUUCCAUCCUCAUAUCAAGGAAGAUUGCAAGCAAAGCAGAGCAGUGAUCAGAUCGUACCUGAGAGAGAGUCAUAAUAAGUAUUUUGAUUUUGCUGUUAUUGGAAGUGGAGUUGCUGGCCUUCGCUAUGCUCUUGAAGUUGCAAAACUUGGAACUGUUGCAGUAAUAACCAAGGCUGAACCACAUGAGAGCAACACCAACUAUGCACAGGGUGGUGUGAGUGCUGUGUUGUGCCCAUCAGAUUCAGUGGAGAGUCACAUGCGGGAUACAAUUGUUGCAGGCGCUUAUCUAUGUGAUGAGGAAACUGUCCGAGUAGUAUGUACAGAAGGACCUGAGAGAAUCAGAGAAUUGAUUGCGAUGGGUGCUUCAUUUGAUCAUGGGGAGGAUGGGAAUUUGCACCUGGCAAGGGAGGGAGGGCAUUCUCAUUGUAGGAUUGUACAUGCUGCAGAUAUGACUGGCCGGGAGAUAGAGAGGGCUCUCUUGGAAGCUGUACGAAAAGAUCCUAAUAUAUUUGUGUUUGAGCAUCAUUUUGCUAUAGAUUUGCUGACUUCUCAGGAUGGUUCUGACACUGUUUGUCUCGGCGUUGAUACUUUGAAUACAGAGACACAAGAGGUGGUAAGAUUUAUCUCGAAGGCAACCCUACUUGCAUCAGGAGGAGCUGGACAUAUCUAUCCCAAUACUACCAAUCCUCAGGUUGCAACUGGAGAUGGAAUUGCUAUGGCUCACCGAGCUGAUGCUGUAAUUUCCAAUAUGGAAUUUGUGCAGUUCCACCCGACUGCUUUGGCUGAUGAAGGGCUUCCAGUUAAGCCGAAAGAGGCCCGGCAAAAUGCCUUUUUGAUAACUGAAGCUGUGAGAGGAGAUGGAGGUAUCCUCUACAACUUGGACAUGGAGAGGUUCAUGCCCAUGUAUGACGAGAGGGCGGAGCUAGCCCCAAGGGAUGUUGUAGCCAGAAGCAUAGACGAUCAGCUCAAGAAGCGUAAUGAGAAGUAUGUGCUCCUCGACAUUAGUCACAAGCCCCAAGAAAAAAUUCUCUCCCACUUCCCCAAUAUAGCAGCAGAGUGUCUCAAGCAUGGCCUAGACAUAACCAGACAACCAAUCCCCGUUGUUCCUGCAGCUCAUUACAUGUGUGGUGGAGUUCGUGCAGGGCUCCAAGGGGAAACCAACGUCAGGGGCCUCUACGUGGCUGGUGAGGUUGCGUGCACUGGCCUGCACGGGGCAAACCGGCUUGCUAGCAAUUCAUUGCUGGAGGCCCUCGUGUUUGCAAGAAGGGCAGUUCAACCUUCAAUCGACCAUAUGAAGAGCUCACGAGUUGAUCGUGGAGCUUCACAUUCGUGGGCCCGGCCUACAAUGCCAAAAUCACUCGGAAAGACAGUGCUGAGCAACAUCUCCCGCAAGACAAGGGAAGUGAGGAGAGAGCUGCAGUCGAUCAUGUGGAAGUACGUGGGAAUUGUCAGAUCAACAACGAGGCUGCAGACUGCUGAGAUGAGGAUCGGAGAGCUGGAACUGGAAUGGGAGACUUACCUAUUCCAGCAUGGCUGGGAACCUACAAUGGUGGGGCUGGAGGCAUGUGAGAUGAGGAAUCUGUUUUGCUGUGCCAAAAUCGUUUUAAGCAGCGCUCUAGCGCGACAUGAAAGCCGUGGCCUUCACUACAUGGUCGACUACCCCCACGUCGAGGAAAGCUUGAGGUUGCCCACUAUCAUCUUCCCAUCUUCACCGGUAAGCAGUUCAUGGAGCUCAAGGCAACUUCACAGGUAACCAGAUGUAUUACUAGAAAAAGAAAAGGAAAAAAAAUAAAACUCGAAUUUGUCGAUUUUUCCCGCCUAAACUUCAGGUGGCCUGCAUUUGUUACAGAAAAGAUAUUGCAAGGUUGGAUUAUUGUGCAGCAACUUGAAAUUAUUGUAGAGACAUGAUACAGUCAUUAAUUUCUUUUAUUUAAGAUCACCAAUUAACUAGCUA